CCGAGUUGAUAGCGAGUUUCUUUUUUUUUUGGUUUGCUUUUGCUCAUUUCAUUUUUCGCUUAAAAGCAUUGCUUGAAGUGUUUACGGUUAAAUUUUCUGACAUAAUUUCCAACUACAAAUCCAUGAUAAAUAUUUCGCAAUAAAUUCAUCACAUUAAUCUUUUACUUAUGAUUAAACAACGAUGGAUGAAGAAAUUUUAAUUUCGAAAACAAACGAACAACUACAAUUAUCGGAUUCAUCGACAACAAAAAGAAAAAAACAUAAAAAAUCAAAAUUAAAUCAUAAUGAAGCAAAUAAUGAUAACGAUAUUACAGAAACGAAUAAUAUUAAAAUUGAAGAUGAAGAUGAAAUGUCAUUGAUGAUGAUGAUGAUUGCCGAUAAUAAUAAUGGUAUUGAGCCAGAUAUAGUUGAAUUGUCAAAUGAUUCUGUCAUCAAUGAUGAUUUUGAUAGUCGUUGGUCUACAAAAGAUUUAAAAACUUUAUUGGAAAAUAUCAAAAAAUGUUUACCACAAAAUGAUCAGACAAAAUAUUCGACAACAUUGGAAAAGACAAUCGAUUGGAAUCAAAUAAAAUUCGGUAAUCAUGAUGCAAAUGAAUGUAAAGAAUGUGCUGUGAAUAUUAUGAAUCGAUUAAGAAAAUAUCGAACAUUAUCCGAAAUGCUUGUCGAUGCUGUUGAAUGGACCGAUAAACGUCAAUUAAAUCAUCCUGAUCGUCCUAAAAAACCAUGUUCCUUAUUUUUACGAUAUUUUUUAGAAAAACGUCCUAAACUACAAGCACAAUAUCCAGACAAAUCAGUAGCCGAAUUGGCAAAAUUGAUGUCACCAAAAUUUGCAAAAUUAUCCGAGAAAAAACGAGCAAAAUAUCGUCGCGAAUAUGAAGAAGAUCUUAUUAAAUAUCGUGAACAAAUGAUAAUAUUUCGAUCAAAACAUCCGGAAGUAUUUUCACAACGUAUGCGUACUGGCGAAAAAAUCGGACCGGAUAAACCGCGCACACCAUUUCAAUUAUUUCGAUUAUCUCGAAUGAAAAAAAUACCACCAGAUACGGAUGAAGAUGCAAAAACUAUACAGGAUCGUAUACGUGAACAAUGGAAUAAUAUAAGUGAUAAAAAACAUUAUAAAUUUAUUAAAAAAUCACUUAAAGAUCAAGAAAGAUAUAAUAAUGAAUUGGAAGAAUUUAUGGCCGCUAAUCCAACAUAUACAGCACCAUCAAUAUCAAAAUCAUUAUUAACAAAAAAUGAACAAGAAUUACGACGUCGUUAUCAGGGAAUGCCAGCAAGACCACCAAAUUCAGGUUAUAUGUUAUUUUCACAGAUAAUGCUCAAAGAAUUUAAAGAUGUUCCUUCCAAAGAAAAAAUGGUACUUGUUGCUAAACGAUGGAAAGAAAUGACACAAGAAGAACGAGCAAAAUAUAAAGAAGAUGCACAAAAUAUGAUGAGUGAAUAUAUAAGAAAAUUUGAUGAUUAUGUUCAUACAUUGCCUGAUGAAGAGAAAAAACAAUUAUUAAUUGAACAAGGACAUUUUAAAUUUCCAAGUGAAAAAAAUUAUUUUUCAUUGGGUAAACAAUUUAUGCCAACAUCAUCGAUUUUAGCAUUGACAAAAGAAUUACGACAAAAAUCAGCCGCUAUUGAUCAGGCAGCUAUGGUUGCAUAUCAGAUGAAUGAAAUGCAUCGUUUAAAACCAUUAUUUCCGGAUAAAUCAAAAACAGAAUUAAUGGAAAUAAUUAAUGAACAAUGGUCAUCGAUGCCAGCUUCGGAAAAAUCUGAUUAUCUUGAAAUUGCUGAAUCGAUGCAAGAUUUUUUACCAACGAAAACAAAAAAAUCACCAACAAAUACAACCAAUAAAAAAGAAUCAUCAUCAUCAUCAACAACAACAACAAAAGAAAUAAAAUUUAAAGAUUAUAAAGAAUCAGAAUUUUAUCAAAAAACUGGUCUACGUAAACCACGUCGUUGUGGUUUUACAGCAUUUUGUAGUCAAAUACUUUCAACAAUGAAAGAUAAAACAACACAAGAACGAAUGCGUUAUGCAUCGGAAAAAUGGAAAACAAUGUCAACUGAUGAAAAACAACAUUAUCUUGAUCGACAAUCAAAUAAAUGUGAAUUAUUUGAAAAAUUAUUCAAUCGUUUUAAAAGGAAUGGAAAAUUACCCACAAAAGAAGAGAUAAAAGAAUUUGAAAUGAAUGAAAUUCAAUCAACGACAACAAUUGAUGAAAUUGAAAACAAUCAAACUGAAACCACAACAAAGAAAACAAAAUCAAAAAAGGCGAAAAAAAGAAAAUUAUCGAAUAACGAUGAUGAUGAUGAUGAUGAUGAUUGUAAAUCAGAACCAAUAGAAUCAGAUAUGAUGAUGAUCACUGAUCAAACAUCAUCAUCAUCAUCACCACCGCCACCACCACCGUUAUCACCAUUGAAAUCACCGACAAAAAUAUUAUCAUCAUCGCCAUCAGUGACUACAACUAUAGAAAAAAUUAACGAUCGAUCAACAACAACAACAAAUCAACAUCGACAAAAAUUUUCACCAAAAAAAUCUAAAAAAAAAUUUGCCAAUUGUUUAUAUGAUGAUUCAUCACAAUCAUCAUCAUCAGCCAGUGAAAAUGAUGAUGAUGAAUUAUCUGAAUAAUAAUUGGAAUUUAAA